AUGGCGGACAGCGACAGCGACGACGAGCUCAUGAGCCGCCUCACGAGCAUGGUGGGCGGCUUCGCGGGCGGCUCGGGCGAGGACUGCGCCUACUGCGCCACGCCCAACGCGUCGCUGGGCUGCUCCAUCUGCAGCAAGGCCUUCUACUGCAGCGAAAUCUGCAAGCGGCGACACGCCAGCGCGCACCGCAACUUGUGCAUCAAGAUGCGAAUGGAGAGGGAGGCGGCCGAGCAGGAGGAGGAGGAGAGCGAGAGCGAGGAGGAGGAAGACGACAGCGAGUCGGAGAGUGAAGAUGUGGCCCACGCCCCGCUGUCUGCAGGCCGAGGCGGCAGAGGCGUGGCCAUCCCCGGCCUCACGCCCAACCAGAUCAAGAAGCUGCUGGAGCUGGCGGCCAAGGCGGACGCCGUCACCACCAGCUCGUCCAUCGACAAGCUGCAGCGCCAGAUCUCGCAGCUCAUGGCGGACAAAAAGAACGGAGGAGGCGCUGCGACCCGAGAGAGAGGCGCCUCGGGCGCCAGUCUGAAGGAGAUCAAAGCCCUGCAGCAGAAGCUCAUGGAACUGGAGAAGAAGACGCAGACGGUGGCCUACGCUCAGCCGCAGGUGGGGCCCAUGAUGCCGAUGGCCAGAAGCGUCUACAUGCCACUGCUGGUGAAGGACGACCCGGAGUUCAAGAAGUACUUCAAGUUGAAGAACCUGGAUAUGCCCCUCGACCACAUCAAGGCCAAGAUGCAGGCAGAUGGCGUCAGUCCGUCACUGCUGGACACGCCCGAUGAAGUCUCUCCGAACGACCGAGGUGUACGUGAUGAAUGGCCCUUGAUAUUGGCUCCGGAGAAGGGCGCGUACAUCCCGCUGACUGUGGCCGAAGACCCCGCGUUCAAGAAAUACUUCAAGCUAAAGAGCAUGGACAUGUCCGUCGACCAGAUCAAGAUGAAAAUGGAGGCCGACGGAGUGGACCCCACUCUGCUGGACACGCCGAGCAAAGUAUCACCGAAUGACCCUGGCCCGCCGUUGCAAAUCUCGACCGGGUAUCCUUCGUCGCCGCUGUCUCCGCUUCAAGGAGCAAACGGGGGAUUUAGCUGGCCUUCAAUGCCAGCGUCCGCCCCCGUCGUUCCCUACAAACCACUGCUUGUAAAAGAUGAUGCGAAAUUCCUCAAGUAUUUCAAACUUCGGCAAAUGGGCAUGCCUGAUGAGCAGAUCAAGCUAAAGAUGAAGGCAGAAGAAGUGGACCCUGAUCUGCUCGACCGCCCGGAUGAUGUAUCCCCUAACGACCCUGGUCCGCCUGCUCAAGCUCCAGCCUCCCCCACGGGACCUGUCUCCAUGGAGCAGCUUUUCAGUAUCCUCAUGCAGCACCAGCAAAUUAUUCAACAAGUGUCGAACGGUGGAGGUUUAGCUAGCAGUGCUCGUGGUCGCGGCAGCAGUGGUGGUGUCGUAGAUGGCAUGCCACCGCGGUCAGUUGAAGACCAAAUGGCCCAAGAGCUCGCUGCUGCGGAGAGCGCUAUCGAUGAUAUCUUCGGUGACGAGUCUCAGCAGUUCAAGGGUCCUGGUGGUAUGAGCAUGAUCGAGCAGCUUGAGAAGAAAGCGCGGAAGGAGAGCAACAAGAAACUGGUUGAGAACCGUGAAGAGGUCAACCGAUUGGUGGCGGAGCUACUGUCAACGAAGCUUUCCACCGAUGAAGAGGCAGUCUCAUUCUACAAAACAAUUGGCCCGAAGCUGGAAGAGUAUGGACUUGCGCUGGGAACCGACUCCGUCCAGACCUGGUCGUCACGUCUUCUCAUCAAGAACAAGGACACUCGCGAUUGGUACUUCUCGGACCAGGAAAGGUUGGAUGCCGGCAAGGCCUAUGGGCGGCUCUGGGCGCUUUCGUUCUUAGAACGCGAUGCUGGCCAACUGAUCGCAAAACGCGCGCAAAUUCUCAACGCACCCGCAACCAUGCGCGCGAUUGCCAAGGGCAAACCGGAGCUGAUCGACAAGUUCACGCAGUUGCUGAAGGACACCGUGAAGCUCAAACACAAAGUAUUUAAGAGCGGCUCGUAUGCGGCAGAAGUGCGACAGCUACACGAAUUCAACAUCCCCGAGCGCUUCGAGGAGCGUGGCACUGCGCUGAUCGACUCGGCGACGGCGCUGGCUGAUGCCUCCAUGGACCUGGCAGAAGAGGAGUUCCGGUCAUUGGAGAAUGCAACUCGUGCCAAGAAAAUCCGAGCUUUGGCCGUGGUGCACGUCGCCGAGAAAGCGAUCACGCUGGUGGGCAUCGUGAAGAAGAUCGGCGCUAACGGAGUCAACGAACUGCGGCUGCGGGAAAUUGAAGCAAGCUUGGCGAAGAUCAAGGAAGUGUAUCUAACAGGGGAGAAGGAGGAGGAAGAAGAGGACGAUGUGCUAUAA